UUUUCUUUUAUCACACUUCACAUGAAUUUUUUUAAAGCUUAGAAUUUUAAAAGGUCCACUGUCCAAUUCAUUUUUUUUCUGGGCAGAGUUUCUAUGAAGUUUUCAUUUGGGAUAGAUACAGAAGACAUUGUCUUGGUCAAUCUUCAAUAGCAUGCAUUCAUUAUAAAAUAAUAAUAAAAAAGGCACAAGUACCCAUCGCUCUAAGGCAGCAAUUGGAAGCUUGAUUUGAGAAAGCAACAACCACCCAAGUUUCCCCUCACUCACUUAAUCCAAUUCCUGGUAUUUUGUUGGGGUUGUUGCGAUAUGGUUCCGGUCAGGUUUCUGCUUUUAAUACCACUUAUAGCUUUGUUAAAUGGUUAUGGUGUUGAGGCAAGAAUCCGCCGAUAUAAAUGGGAAGUAAAGAACGAAUUCAAGUCCCCUGAUUGCUAUAGGAAAAUGGUAAUAACCAUCAAUGGCCGAACUCCGGGUCCUACAAUCAGGGCUCAACAAAACGAUACAAUCAUUGUUGAAGUUACAAAUAGUUUGUUUACAGAGAAUAUUGCAAUUCACUGGCAUGGGAUCCGACAGAUUGGAACACCCUGGUUUGAUGGGAGCGAAGGAAUAACUCAGUGUCCAAUUUUGCCUGGAACCACUUUCAAAUACCAGUUUGUGGUCGACAGACCGGGGACAUACGUGUAUCAUGCACAUUAUGGAAUGCAAAGAGAUUCUGGGUUAUAUGGAUCAAUCAUUGUGGGACUAUCUGAUGGGGAAUCCGAACCUUUUGCAUAUGAUUAUGAUAGGAACAUCAUCCUCAAUGAUUGGUACCAUAACAGCACUACUGAACAAGCUGUUGGCUUGUCUAAAGUUCCUUUUCAAUGGAUUGGAGAGCCUCAGUCUCUUUUGAUCCAUGGGAGAGGAAGGUUCAACUGUUCUAGUUUAAGUGUUCCAAGUUCAGACCCUGGCCUUUGCAAUACCACAAACCCAGACUGCUUCCCUUUUAGAUUAAUAGUGGUCCCUGGAAAAACAUAUCGAUUGCGAGUUUCCAGUUUGACUUCUUUGUCAGCUCUCAGCUUCCAGAUUGAGGGCCAUAAAUUGACAGUAGUUGAAGCGGAUGGGCAUUAUGUUGAGCCAUUUGUUGUGCAAAACUUGUUCAUAUACUCGGGGGAAACUUAUUCGGUUCUAGUAAAAGCCGAUCAAGAUCCCACCACAAAUUAUUGGAUCACAUCAAAUAUUGUAAGUCGACCAGCGCCCAACACUCCUCCUGGUCAGGGCGUUUUGGUUUACUAUCCAAAUCAUCCAAGGAGAUCUCCUCUGACAAUCCCUCCGGCAGCCCCCGUCUGGAACGACAGCCGCCCUCGGAUGGCACAGAGUCAAGCCAUUAAAGCUCGCCGUGGUUACAUCCACACUCCUCCUGCAGUCUCCGACAGGGUCAUAGUCUUCCUCAACACACAAAACGAGUUAAACGGAAGAAGACGAUGGUCGGUUAACAAUGUGUCGUUCACGCAUCCCCUCACGCCUUACUUGAUUGCACUCAAGCACAAUUUAACCCACGCUUUCGAUCAAAACCCACCUCCCGAUGGCUACGAUUUCCUCAACUAUGAUAUCUACGAAAGGCACCCAAAUGCAAACACAACUUCAGGUAAUGGGAUUUACAGGCUGAAUUUCAACUCCAUUGUGGAUGUUAUACUUCAGAAUGCAAACACCAUGAACCCGAAGAACAGUGAGACGCAUCCAUGGCAUUUGCAUGGCCAUGAUUUCUGGGUUUUAGGGUACGGAGAAGGGAAGUUCGAUAUGUUCAAUGAUCCCAACAAGUACAAUUUGGUGAAUCCGAUUAUGAAGAACACGGUGCCGGUACAUCCUUUUGGAUGGACGGCUCUGAGGUUUAAAGCAGAUAACCCUGGGGCCUGGUCAUUCCAUUGCCAUAUAGAAUCCCAUCUCUUCAUGGGAAUGGGUGUGGUUUUCGCUGAAGGGAUUGAGAAGGUGGGGAAGUUACCGUCUUCUAUCAUGGGGUGUGGUCAAACUCAAGGUCUUUAAAUCAUUCAAUUUCAAAAGCUAUGGUUUGACAAUUAUGUUUCAAUCAGAAAGGAUGAUAUUAUUCAUUUACAGUAGCUUAAAUUUAGUAAUUUUAUCUUAAAUUUUAAGAUUUC